UUGAACUAAUAAUUAAUAUUGAUUUUAGGGGGAGCAGCUCCAGCCUCCAGUGCAACAACAAAAACAUUGUAGAAUUAUGAAAGCAAUUUUGAUAUUCGAUAGUGUAAACGAUUUGCUUUAUUCAAAAUGGGAUGAAAAGUUUUUGUCGCGAAUGAAAUCAUUUAAUGAUCAAGAGAGUAAUGAAACUAUAACAGACAGUCAUCAUAUAUCUCAACUUCUUUCACCUAUUAUAACAUCGCAACGAAUAAUGGCAGCUCAAUUUAGCAAUACUUAUACUUCCAUGCAAUGCAAAGAUAAAACUUCUAUUGUGUUUGAUGAGUGGUUAGAUCAUGUAUUUAUGAUUAUAAGCGAAGAUAACAUAGAUGAUUCACAUCGUGAACUUCUAGAUUGUAAAACCUUGGUACAACAUAUUUGUGGACAAAACAUAAACCUACUUCAGUCAUUAGUAUACCAAGACUGGUUGACAGUGCUCCUUGACAGUCGGCUAAAGGGUGAUUCUAUCCCAGGAGCAAGUGGGGUGAUUGGGGAAAGUGGAGCCACAAUAGCUGCUUUGAAUGCCCUUAAAACCAUCUCAAAAGAACUUAAAACUGCAUCACAUCAGCAUUAUCAUCUAAUGCUAUUUGUUGGUGAUAAGAUAUUGGCUUUAUAUUCUAGUCGGGGUAGUGAUGACUUAAUGCCACCAGACUUAAUUCUUUUAAGUACUCAGUGUAUAGCAGCUCAGGAAUAUUGGAAUGAUUUAGAUCAAUUAGGUGGAACUCAAAAUUCUCGUCUGCCAUGGUUGUCAGAGCAAAACAGUGCUAUAGUGAAUAUGUGCGCGGGCAAUAGUGGUUCGCCUUGUGCUCCUCACUCGCUGCAUCUGGUAGAAGUGGCGCCCCGAAUUGUUUUUGUUGCCCUCAUUGAUAUGGAUCUAAGAGAAGUAGGUAUUGCUGCUCAUCUCUCUAGUCAAAUAUUAAUGAAUUUAAGAAAAAUUUUGCUGCAGAGGAAUCUAGAAUUGUUGCCAAAUUCUUUAGACACGUUGGAAGCUGCUUUGAAAAAGACGACAGAUGCCUUACGCAAAAACAAAGCAAAUUCGAAUCUAUGUUCUCGUCUGACGAGCAGAAUGUUGGAAUUACGGAAAUCGUGUACUACUACCACGCCUUUGACACCGGAAACAACAGCCACCGCUAUGCAUACAGCCUUAGAUUCGGUCAUAGAACUAUUGAAACCGGAUAUCCCGAGCCUCCGAACGGAACAGCCUUUGAAAGACCUGAAAACCCUGCUCGCUCCAUACAUUGAAUUUCUUCAAGUGAAAGCCAAACGAUACUUCAGUUUGGGAUCGGGUGACCUCGAAGGAAGUUCCCUAACCCUGCACAAGUAUGUGGAAGAGUUUCCCGGUCUCAUUCACUUCAUAUACGUGGAUCGUACCACUGGUCGCUUCCUGGCUCCUGACAUGGCGGAUUGCGUUGAUAUGUUGACGCCCGAUACGAUACGCAGUAUAAUGCGUCGGACCAUGUUUGCCUUUCGCGAGGGCUACGGCGCGGCGACAUGGCGUCGCGGGGCCAUCCACGUUUGCGCCGUGAGGUGGUGGGAGAGGAAGGGCCAACCCCUCCGCCCCGCGCCACACCCACCCGCUGCCGUUAGAGCCUUGGCGCCACCCGGUGAUAUAUUGGCUACGUUUUACAGGCAACUGAUGGAAUUGGUAUUUCCAAACGACAGCCAAGGAGUAAGUAUAAAAGAGUUAGUUUGUAUUCAUCUGGGCUUGCUCCCGGCUUCUACUGCGGUUCAGCAGGCACGUCGCCUCGCUCACUCUGUAUAUGAACUCGCGGGAGAAAAUCCAGCAAUUGCUUCCGAUCUGCUAUAAAUUUAGUUAUUCAAUAAGAAAGUUUGUAGAUUUCUCAUUACUAAAUUUAAUCGAUAUUCGAGUCUUUUUCGUUGUCAUGAUUGUCGUGGGCGUAGAAUUGAUGUCUUCAUUUAGUGACCAAUUACACUUCAUAAAAAGACCCAUUUCAUAGAAUGCAAAUGCUAUUACAGUGGCGUAGCUACCUAGCUAUCCUGUGCGAAAGUAAGUGGUGUCAGCCCAUCGGUAGUAAAAAGCAAUAUAUUUUAUAUGAAAUGAAAUUUUAUAUAAAGGACAUGGAUCAUUCAUCAUUUAUUAAAAGAUCCACGGGGAAUCCCCCACGACAGCGUCAGGCUCUUUUGCGGGAAUCCCUGAAUUCUACAUAGAGCUACUGAGAGCUAGUGGAGGAAUCUGAAAAAAAAAUUGCCAAUUUUUUUUGUUUGAACAUUGUGCGGCCCGCCCCCUUUGCUACUCUGCUAUCCUACUCAACCUACUUAUUGAUAAGUCAAUACUAUUCGACUUCGCUGUGAUAUUCACGCAACAUAAAAUCAAAUUUUUCAUUUAUUUUAAAUGGUAUUUUGCUAGUCUUUAUGUUUAAAAUACAACUAUAUAGAUAGGGCAAUUCGCAAAGACGCGCCCCAACACUUUUUAGUUGAGGAGAGCGUGGGGUACGGGUUGUUUGUAACCGAUAACACCGAUAAUACUGGGGCGCAUCUUCGUGGAUUACACUAUCUAUAUUUAGUCCAU